AUGCCGGAUGCGCUCACAGACAAGGUUGGCAAGCAGAACAGCUUGAAGAGUCACUCGCUACAUGGAGGAGGAGAUAUCCUGAACGCCAUCGAUGAGCGCUUCGACGACUUAGAAGACAAUGUCGCCGCCUUGCAAAAUGCAGUGGUUGCUCUCCAGCGGUUCAUGUCCGAGAAUGGAGCCAUUGUAUGCCGCAUCAAUGUGGAUGACCCAUACGUAUCUGAAUUUUCAGAUGCUAGACGGCCAGCAGAAGGAAGCACCGAGAUUGCCCAGUGGCGAGAUACGAACGAGCCGGCAGAAGAGCUGGAACGCGCACCUUCACCAACAUCACCGCAAACAAUCCAAACAAGGGAAUCGGAGAGGACCAGUCGUCGGACAACGAUUACAGAGUUGAUCACCAGCAAAGUGGCGGAUGUGGACGAGACUAUCCUCAGCCAGCAGACCCAGGAGUACUACACCUUUGGGGAGUCGACCUGGGACCUGUUUAUCUUCAUUGGAACUGGCGCCUUGGGUCCUCUGGGCUCAGCCCAAACCUUCCUUCUGGCCGUGGUGAACGUUGUCAUGCAAAUUGUCUUUGUAGGCAUUGCCUACUACAACUUCAUUGACCCCGAGAUCGACGACACCACGGUUCGGGAUGCUCUUCGCUGGAGACGAUCCUCGGGCCACGCCCUCAGCUCCUACGACGCGGUGUCCAAGCUUUCGCAGGUGGAGAGGGUGUGUUCCCUGGACAAGUCCUUGCAUCAGUCCGGGGUCCAAAUGGCACUCUACGAGCACAUCCGAAAGUACCUCAAGCCAGACGCCGAAGGAUUUGAAGCUUUCUUUACCGGAGAGCUGCUGUGCAUAGUGGCGCUAGUUUGCUGGUACCUGAUGGUUGCAAAGGAGGUGAGCCACGCUUUGGCUUUGCACCGGUGUGUGUCAGCCCUACCCCGAGGCCCGACAACCCUGGACACGAGGGAGAACCCCUUCACGAAGGUGACGCACUACCGGAUCAAGUCCAUGGCCCGAAAAAGGAAAUUGGUGAGCCUCCUUCUACUUUUUUACCGCCUCUUCUCUGCGGCGCUUCUCGUCUAUGUGGGCACCUUCUUCCUGGUGUACACGGUGAGCGUUACGGAGCUGAUUCUCAAUGCCGUCGCCCUUGGUAUCAUCCUGGACAUUGACGACCUGCUCUUCGACGCGCUGGCCACCACGCCUGGGCGGCAUUUGGUCCACCAGCUCGACCCAUUGCACAUGCCAUCGAUGCCGCGAUGGCGUGGUGCCGACGCCAAGUCCGCAGCAAUGUCCCUGAUCAUCCCCACCGUGCUUAUCACCGUGUACGCGACCAUGCUUUCGCCCAUGGUGGGUAAUCUCGAAGAAGUUCGGAGUGCGAUGUGCGGAGGUCAGCAGAGCUUUGUGUGGAUGCAAGAUCAACGCAGCAUGGUGUUGAUGGCACCAACAGCCGGGGACGGCUGGCUGGAAGAUGACGGGAGUAUCAAGACCACUGCUGUCCAGGAGGCCGAGGGAGUCGGCUUUGGUUUGGAGAAGAACGACUCCAAAUACGGGAUCUGGUACAUGGACGUCUCGCUGUUGGAAACUGCAGCGACUCAGAGUCUGGAUGAGAUCUUGGACUCGGAGAACCCAGGCUGUGGCGACAUUGCCACUGACGGCAUGAUGCUGAACUACCUGAAGUUUUACUUGAACGACGACAGCAUCAGUAACUGCAGUCAGGCCAGGCAGUAUUGUAACUCCGUCACCAAGCUACCAACCAUGGAAGGCGAUGGUGGCAAGGGUUUUGUAACCCGCAUGCUGUGCCCAGCAACUUGUGGUUGCAAUUCUCCAGCUGGCGAGUUCAUGAACGUCCAGGGAUGCUCCUACUCACUUGGGCGUCCUUGCUGGUUGACUACCCAAUGGAGAGAUGACCGGAAAGCGAGCGUCUGCAAGGAGAAAAGUGCUGAGGAGCUGCGCCAGUCUUCGCAGUGGGCGGCGUGGGUCGAGCAGCUCCGCACCUUCUCUCAAUCAGACGCAGACCUGAGAGGCAAGGCGGAUGCCUCGAUUCUCGCGCAGGCAAUGUGGGACCAUGGAUGUCAGUUCCAGGCGAACCUCACAGCUGAGGGCAUCAGCACCGACUUUGGAGGUUGUGUAAAUUGGAAUGACAAUGUCUUUGACUUUGAGAUGAAGACCUUGGAGAACAUCUGCCCCGAGACGUGUAGUUGCAACACCAACAAGCGGACCACAGCUUGUCCCAGGCCUCUGCAGCGGACCUGUGAAGUCAUGGAGGACUGUUUGUGGUACUUGGAGCAGCACUGGUGUCCGCACAUCACACCCACUGUGGCUGGCACCUUUGUCGGCGACAUUGCCAAUACCACGCUGGCUUCACAGCAUUGGGACUCGGUGCUGCUUGGCCUCCAACACAGCUUUGCCCAGAUUGCGGGCAGUGGGAUCGAGGCCGGGAUGGUUCACCUCAUCACCAGCUCCCCCGAUCGUCGCCUAAAUGAGCUUGCUGAGCUACAGCUUGAGCAGCUUGCAGAGCAGGAGCCGCAGCCACCGGCGUUGCGGGAGCUGCAGAUGGCACUUACGGGGAGCUUCAGCAUCUUCUUGGUUGAUGGAAGCAUGCGGAGGUCGACCGUGAGAAGCGCGGUCUCCGCGGUUGCAGUGGAAGAUCUAAGCUCGUUACUGCGAGCAAAGCUUGCAAAUCUUUCUGUGCCAGAGGAGCUGGGUAUCUCUCUCAGCAGCUUUGUCCAGACGUAG